AUGUCUAUUUCUCCGCCAAGCAGUGACCGUUCAGAUGUCACCCAGAUUGUGGUGGUUAUGGUUGGCUUGCCAGCGCGAGGGAAGAGUCUAAUCGCUGGCAAAGUCAAGCGUUAUCUACGAUGGACAUCGGUCAAAGCAGAGGUAUUCAACGUUGGCAAAUAUCGUCGGACAGACAAUCCACAUCCAGACGCCAAGUUUUUCGAUGUCAACAACACGGAAGGCGAGAAGGCGAGAAAAGCUGCAGCCGAAGCCGCGGUGGCCGACAUGCUUCAAUGGUUUCAGGACAAAGAUAACAAAGUCGCCAUUCUUGAUGCGACCAACUCGACGAAAUCGCGACGCAAAUGGAUCCACGAUAAGAUCAAGGAGGCGAACCUCCUCCACCUGUUUGUGGAGAGCAAGUGUGACGAUGAAGAAUUAAUCAUGUCGAACAUUCUUGAGGUCAAGACGUCUUCGCCAGAUUACAUUGGUCAGGACCCCGAAGCUGCAGCCAAAGAUUUUCGAGAUCGCAUUCGCAAUUACGAGAAGGUGUAUCAGACUAUUGAUGAAUCAGAGAAACAACUGACCUAUGUCAAGAUCAUUAACAUUGGUGCUCGCGUGGUUAUCAAUCUCAUCCAAGACUACCUCCAGUCACGCCUAGUCUACUAUCUUACAAAUCUACACAUCAAACCACGCAGUAUCUGGCUUUCACGGCACGGCGAAUCCGAGUUCAAUCUCGAGGGCAAGAUUGGCGGUGAUGCCAACCUGUCGGAACGUGGCGAGCGCUACGCCAGACUUCUUCCCGAACUCGUCAAACGUUCUGGCCUACCGAAGGAUGCGCCCCUUACAAUCUGGACCUCGACGUUAAAACGGACCAGUCAGACAGCCCAACAUCUCCAGAAGGAACUGGGCUGGGAGAAGUUGCAGUGGAAAGCUCUCGACGAACUCGACAGCGGCGUCUGUGACGGCAUGACUUAUCAAGAGAUUGCCGAAAAGUAUCCAGAGGACUUCCAAGCUCGCGAUGAUGACAAGUACAAUUACCGGUAUCGUGGUGGCGAGUCCUACCGCGAUGUCGUGAUCCGACUCGAACCGAUCAUCAUGGAACUCGAACGCAGUGAAAACAUCAUUAUCAUCACACACCAGGCCAUCGUGCGCUGCAUAUUCGCCUACUUCAUGGAGAUACCACAAGAAAAGUCGCCGUGGAUGGAAGUGCCGCUUCACACACUCAUGAAACUGACGCCCAAGGCGUACGGAACCGAGGUCGAGCGGUUCAAGGCCGAUAUCCCAGCCGUCAGCACGUGGAGGCCUAAAGGCAGUACCGCGAAACACCAUGACAGCGUCAGUGAAGGAAUGCCAGAGAGCGUGGUCGGUGAACCGUCGAAAGUAGGAAUCCAGAAAGUGACCAAUAUCAAUGAGAAAACGAAGGGAGAGGUACCGACCAUUGAGAUGGUAGGACUGCCUUUACCAUAG